AUGUCCGUAGCGCCAGAAACAAUCCGCACGAUGGAAAAGGAACGUCAGGAACAGAAAGCACCUCUGGAACCGGCGAUCGACAACAAGGAUUUGGAUACCCACCCCACCGAUGACGCAACCCCGGAUGACUUUGACCCUGAGUUUGCCCCAGAGCUAGAUUACGGCGACCAUCCCGAUAUCUGUGCAGAUGAGAAUGAUGACAGCAUGAGCGACGAUGGGGAAAUGUUCCAGCGACAACGCAGCGACAACGACGACAGCUUUGAGGAAGAACAGGAAUCACAUGAGGGCGACGAGGGUCGUGAGGGCAACGAGGGUGAAUGCGAAGCAAAAGCCACUGUGCCCCAGUCAAUACCACCGGAGACCACACGACUGCGCGGGGGAGAGGGAGAUGAUGGGUGGGAAGUAGAAGCAUGGUUGCAAGGCACCUACCCAAGGAAGUUACCAACAAAAUCACUCGCCGUUUCUUCCCUCGGUUCUCACCCUCCGAAGCCACACGAGGACGUAAGGGAGUCCCUCGCCAGGCUUAAAAGCCGGAGUGAUAGAUGUGGCAGCGGCGUUGAAGAUGCCCGUGGGAGUCUGGUCCCGACGGACAGACUUGCUGGAAGAGCCAAGGAUGAUGACACGGCGCCGGCAACACGCUCUGCAAGAGAACGCAUCCUCACGGUAUUCAUCGCGUGGGCAAAAGCCCAUGCCAACUCCGUUCCUGGACGUCAACAAUCUGAAGGCACGGCGUGCCUAUCCUCUUCAAAGCUAUCCGUGAUCAAGACCAUCCACUUCGACUGGGACGGGUUUUUCGUCCAGGGACUGCCUCAGGCGUUGCUUCGGAUACGAAGUAUCUUCAAUCUCGUAGAAGAUACUUCAUAUGCCAAAGGCACGCCUGAGGCAGUACUCCGCAAGAAAUCGCAAGCUCAAGCGCUACGCAUCGUGCGACAAAAGCCCUACUGUGGAAGCCUUCAAGAACCUCACCCGGCUGGAACAAGACGUUCUCAGCGAGCUCUUCUGCAUCGUGCCCCAAUGUCGCCAGACGACGACGACGAUGGUGGUAGCAUGGCAUACCAGGUCAUCGUGAAUCCGUUCGAGUUCUUACCGUCGUACUGCUUGCUGAAGCGCUUGUUCGAAGAGCGUCUCCCACCCUACCUCCUCAGAAGCGUGCUACAAUUACCCGGAGAACUGGGCGCGUACAAAGAAGAUUUCAAGAGACAAGACUGGGGCACAGUGUUUGAUCUCACGAACGGUCGGGCAUUUAAACCCCGCCGGGUGCGUGGCGUGGUCGCCAUGAAAUGUGUCUCGGGGUGUCUCGGGGUCUUCGGGUCUCAGGCACUCAUCACUUGCCUCAUCAUAGGGACGGAAUGA